AUGGGCGAAUAUGAAGAGCUUGUGGAGCUCGGUAUCGAAGGCGUCGACAAGGCUGUCGACAAAUACCACGAUAGAGCUUUUGACAAAGUCGGUAAGCAUUCCCCAGCUUGGCACAGGCGACACGACGGCCAGCAGCAACAGGAGAGGAAGCGAAAUCGAAACCCGCAGCCAAGCGAGUCUUCUCGCGCAAACCACGAGUCGUAUCGCAAAGACCACGAGACAUCGAGAGGUCACGACGAAAGGGAUUCGGAAUCUGAUAUGUACGCCCCUGAUCGCCGGCAAGAGCGCGACUACCAGGAGCGGAGAGAUGUGCGAUAUGUAUCUGAUGAGACCGUUUACUAUCGAGGCCCAGACGCAGGCGCUGUUGUGAUGCGUGGCAGCGAUCCGUACAACAAAGCUCGUGGGUACGAAGUGGCACCAUAUCAACAGCCUCCGUACAACAGUCGGCGAGAGGGCUACGGACAGCGAGGGCGUCCUGCACCCCAGAGACGCCGCUCAUCGUGGUCGCCGCAGCGAUCUGGAAGGGAGCGUGGAGACUCCCGCCGUGCUCGCUCCAGAUCUAGGUCACGAUCGGCAGACAAAACGCAUCGUAUUGCAGUCACUGUGGCUGGAGGGUUGAUCGGCGGCCUCUUGGGAAAUCAGCUGGAGAAAGGCAAGAAGUAUGAUACAGCUGCGACCUUGGUCGGAGCUGUGAUUGGAGGCAUCGGCGCGAGGGAAAUUAUUGAGCAGUGGGACAAGAGGAAGUCGCGGCGAGAAGAUUGCGACGAGAAGUGGGAUGAAAGGUAUGGUGACGACCGAGACCGCAGAAGGGACGACCGCAGAUGA